GGGUAUAUAAAGAAACAUGUUCCAGUACGAUGAACGUUACAUCGGUCCCCAGUUCAGAUAAAUACAAAUUUCAGUCUUCUUUUUGUUGCCAUAUCUAUUGUUUUUAAGCGACAACACUAAUCGGCGUAGCAGAAAUGAGUACAUUGGCUCCAUCCAAUGAGGAUCAAACCUAUGAUCCUUUCCUUACCCCAAUGGAGAAUUUCUACUCCCAUGCGAUUAUGAAAUUGGCCGUACUUCUUUUGGCAAUGAUAUUAGUGGUUCAGUUGAAUUCGCUCAUCCAUGGUCGCUGUAGGGAGAAUCCGGAACGAGCGGCGGCGACUCAGUUGGUGACGGUGGGGUUGAAGAAACGGGACUUGAAACGAAUCCCGGUGGCCGUUUACAGGACUGGCGGCACAAGCUUUACGGCCACCGACUGUCCCAUUUGUCUUGGAGAGUUCUUAGAUGGGGAAAAGGUACGAGUGUUACCAAAAUGCAACCAUGGAUUCCAUGUGAAGUGUAUAGACAAAUGGUUAAUGUCGAACUCAUCGUGCCCGAAUUGUCGACAUUCAUUGCUCGAACAUGAGACGGUGAACCGGGAUGCUAUCGCCGGUCCCGACCGGCUACCGACGGAUAGUGGCGAUGUUGUUAUAGUUGUUCAAGAGGGAAGCUAGUACAUUCUUGCUUCAUGGUACUUGUUUGUUAUAGUUUGCAUAUCUUUAGGGACUAAAUUGCAAAUAUUGGAAUAAUUUUUUAUUUCCUUGUAAGUCUCCCAAGUUUGAAGUUUAUUGCAUUACAGUUGGUUAGAGAGAGAUAGAACUGUUCAGUUCAUCAUCUUGUAUCUU